AUGGUUGCUCCGGGUGCGACGAAUACCCCACUGGCUCAGGUUCAAAUGCCGGACCAGAAGGAGGGCAAGAACAAAGACGUCUAUGGUCACCAAGAUCGAGGGGAUAUCAUGGAUUGGGCGCGUCUUCAAGUCCCUCUGAAGCGCUGGGGUGAGGCUGGAGAGUUGGCUGAUGCAGCAAUCUUCUUUCUGAGCGAGAAAUCCAGCUACAUUACCGGUCAGGUCCUUGCAGUAAAUGGUGGGUGGCCUCAAACAGGGUAG